GAGAUGGAAGUGUCUACCCUCUCCAAAACUUUUAAGCCUACUCCUGAUCUCAGUCAAGAGUCUUUGGACCCUAGGUUUAUCAUUGCCUUAUUUGAAAUUGGAUCACCUCCCCUUGUCUCCUGGGGUUCUUUCCCUUCCCUAAACAACAGUGGCUGUCAAACGGCUCAACAGCAGACUACACAGAAGUUUGAAAAUCUCUUAAAAGAAAUUAAAGAUAUUAUUAAAAACGUGACAAGUUGUGAAGAGAAGAUCACAGAAGCAAAAGAUUCUUCUGAGGAAACCAGUAUUUCUGAGGAUGUGUCAGAACUGAAAGAAAAAAUCAGAGAACUUGAGAAGAUAAAUAAAGUGUUAUUGAACAACCUGCUUGGUAGUUCAGACCUAGAGAAAAAACAGAAGGCAAAAAACGGGGAGAUGAUCCUGGAAAACCAGAACAGCAGGGACACGGUACCAGUUUUUAGAAGGGAUUUGGUAAAUUGUCCAGAAGAAAAUAGAGCCCUUACGGAAACUCAACUAAGUGAGGAAAAAGCAACAUACAGAUUCCCUCCUGUUCAAGAAGAAAACAUCAAACUUAGGAACAACAUGGAGCAGUUACUGCAGGAAGCAGAACACUGGAACGUGCAACACACUGAGCUCAGUGAACUGAUAAGAUCCUGUCAGAAAUCUCAGAAAGAUAUGCGAGAAACUCUUACAAAUAAUAGAGUGCAUUUCCAAACUCAACCAAAUCAUGACGUGUCAGCUAAGCAUGAACUGCUGGAACAAGUGAAGAAACUGGAACAUGACACGUAUUCAUUGCAUUUGAUUGCAGCUUUGCUGGAAAAUGAAUGUCAAAUCUUGCAGCAGAGAAUAGAGCUUCUAAAGGAACUCCAUGAUCAGAAAGAGGGAACUCUGCCAGAGAAGCCAAUUCAGAUAAACUCUGAACAGGACAAGAAAAAACAGAUGCUAUCAGAAGCAGAGCAUAAGCCGAAAAUGCAAGAAAGAGAAGGUACAUUUCUGAAAAAAGACAAGUUCUACAGAGGCCUGGAUGCUUGUAGUAAGAAAGCACUUAAUAACCGCUUCAAUACUCAUAUUGCAAGAGGAGCUCUUGUGGAAAAAAAGAGACCAGCCAGCAGCCUAACUUAGAAAAUACCAAAAGUAGAAGAAAAGGCAAUUCUUCCAAAACUGUAAUACAUCAACUCCAGGCAUACUCAAUCAUCAAACCUAUGACAAGAACUAUUGGUUCAACCAAGAGCGAGCUCCAGAGCAAGAAGAUUAACACUUAACGUUAUUCAUUACCUCGGUAGUUACGUAAGUUUGGUGUUUUGUGACCAUUAGUGUCAACAUCAACUUCAUAACCUGUCAUACAAUUUGCUUGUUUUUUGUAGUUAUUAGAGAUCCUAUGACACUGUAACCAAGAGGGAGAAGUUACAGGUCCAAUUAAUAA